AUGUCAUCAAAAACAUCAGUUCGUACUUUUAUUUGCUCCUUAUUGGUUGCUCUCUUUAUCAUCCAAGCUCUUGCAAUCCCCGUACCAAACCACCCCAAUAAAUCCAUUCAAUCAUCUUCUCCGACAGCCGCUCAACCAAAAAAACCCGUUUCAACCAUUAACCAAGUGAAGAAACCAAAAUCCACCGCAGCAAAAGCCAAAGGAGCCAAAGGACCACAAAAAACCUCGACACCACCGAAUUCACCCGCGAAAUCAAAAUCCACCGCAGCAAAAGCCCAAGGACCACAAAAGACCUCGACACCGUCGAAGUCACCCUUGAAACCAAACGCUAAAGAGUUAGUUUCAAACCUUUCGGGAAAAGUAUUUAAGGGAGAGGCUACAUUUUACAAUACUGGAUUAGGUGCUUGUGGUAUUACAAGUAAUGAUAACGAAUUAGUAGCCGCGUUACCGGCACCAGACUAUGAUAGUUUCAUCCCAGAUGGUAAUCCAAAUCAUUGUACUGCUUGUGGUAGAACGGCUACAGUAGUUAGUGGUGACAAAUCUGUCACUGUGAAAAUUGUUGAUAG